GAAAUCAAAAUAGGCAAGGUCAAUGAACUUUUACACACGUGCUGUCGGUGCAUGAUAUUGAUAUCGAUGUCCAAAAAUCAUGUCUGCUUUAAAGGGAAUUAAACGAAAAAUUGCUCGUGUAGAAGUAUCAUAUAAUUCUGGGAGUGAUGGAGACGUCGAGAGCGACGAAGAACUUAACACAGGUACUAUCUUAAAAAGGAAGAUGAAGGCUUUACCGAUUUCACCCCCAAAACAACAAUCAAAAGAGAAGAUAAAUAAUGAAAGUAAAGAAGAUGAAGAUGAUGUUGAGAAUGAAGAUGAAGAGAUACCAGGAGGAGGCUGGGCUGAUGCUAUGGCAAGCAUCCUCAGGAAAGAAACGCCAGAAGAUGCCUCAGCUGUACUUGCUAAAUCAAAAGACUAUGCUAAAGCAAAGGAGAAAGAGAAGAAGGAAUUCAUGGAAAGAGUAAAAGAGAAACAAAGCAGAAAGAAAUGGGAAAACAUGGCGAAGGUGAUGCCCAAAGUGACUGACAAGGAGUUUGAAAGAUCUCUUCAACGAAUAGCAACAAAAGGUGUUGUGCAGCUUUUUAAUGCAGUGAAGAAGCAACAAAAAACCAGAGAAGAAAGACUCAAAGAAGUCGGAGGUUCACAACGAAAAAGGGCUAAAGUAGAGGCAUCGCUAACAAAGGGCAAUUUCCUGGACAUGUUGAAAGGCACACCAGCCCCUUCAAAUGUAGACCCUUCAUCAAAGAAGAAAGAGAGCAUCACAUCAUCAAAGAAUUCAUCAGUCGGGGCUGAGCCAUCAUGGGGAGUGUUGCGAGAUGACUUCAUGCUUGGUGCAGGGAUGAAAGACUGGGAUAAGGAUGAUGAGGAGGAGGAGAGUGAUGAGGACAAUGAUGACAAUGGUUUAUCAUCAGAAUCAGACUGAUGUAUAUAUAUUUAUAUAUAUAUACAAUGGAAGAUGGCUUGAUAUGACAUGCGUACGGGCUGCUGUGAUUUGACACCAUAUUGAUGCCUUACUUUCAUUGAAUACCGAUGGACGAAAGGUGAUAUAUGAGCCUAGUUUGACAUUAGGUAUUUCCAACUGUCAGAUGCAGACGGGUAAAACAUCUAACUUGGAUGAAUAUUAAGAGUAUAUCUAGUGCUUUGGAUGGUUCUUCAGCUGGUAAGAGUGUAUAUCCAACUGGUUAUUUAAUGCUUGUAAAGCACAAAAGAUUGAAGAAGUCAAGUCAUCUGUGAGGAGACAAUACUUUGAGCAUGAUACCUGAUUGGACCAUCUUACUUUCAUCUGGUAUCUGAUUUUAAAGAGAAAUGCCAGUAGUUGCAGUAAACACUGAUUUCAUAAGAAAGUCUGUAAAACCAUGCUUAAUUGU